AUGUCCACUCUUAACCCCCUGCUGACCUUUGCUUCUGGGUUCGCAUUCAACUGGGCAUUGCAGAGUGUGUUGACCGUCCAAGUCUACAUCUACUAUCUCUGCUUUCCGAAUGACUCGAAAUACCGGAAAUGUUUAGUGUAUGCCGUGUGCAUCUACGAAUGGGUGCAGACAGCGCUAGUAACUGCAGACAUAUAUCAACGCUUCAUAACGGAAGACACGAGUUAUAUGAUGUACUUCGCAUCCUACGGGAUCUCAUGGAUCACGCUGUUCAUGAUGCCUGCUCUCACCGCGGCCAUAGUACAGUUGUUCUACGCAUGGCGCAUCGCAGUAGUAUCGCAGCGCCGAGUCUAUUCAAUCGUUAUUCUUCUUGUCGUCAUGACUGCAUUUUGCUCCGGCAUCGUGAGCGCUGUGAGCAUGAAGAAUCUGGGUGUCGAUGACGAUGUUAGUGAAGUGACAUGGGAUGUCGCUACACAGGUCUGGCUGUGGUGCAGCGUUCUCGUAGAUUACAUGAUUGCCGGCUUCAUGAUUUACACUUUACGACGAUUCAAAACUAUGAGGACGGAUACCGACUUGCUUGUAAAUCGCGUCAUCAGGUUGGUCAUCGAGACUGGUUGUCUCACUGUUGCUGGCGCCAUCGCAACCCUCAUAUGUUGGAACGGAUUUCCGCGUACUAGCCUAGCGGCUUGUCCAUUGCUCGUGCUAUCCAAACUGUAUGCGAAUACAAUGAUGAUCAAUCUGAACAAUAGAGCCUUUAUACAAAGCGCACCCUCCGGCGUCAACAUGGGGCGCAGCCCGUUGGGCUUUCCGAUGUCAAGUCCACAGACUGGACGCAUCCCCUCGAGCGUUCUCAUAGUCGCAGACUCUGAGCGUUCCGUUGAGGUUGCCUUGCCUUCGACCGCAGAUGCAGAUCAGGGCCCUUUCGAGGUGACGAAGUGA